CACAUAAAAGACGUAAUUGAAAAUAAUGUUUAAAACAAUCGAAUUACUCACUUAAAUAUUCUCUUUUAAUAACUUUCAUAUCGAACAGUUGGCUUUCUAUUAAAAACGUCUCAUACAAAGGUCGACUUUUCUUAGAUUGUGAUCAAUUUUUAUUAUACCCAAGAGAUUGCAAGAGAGAGAUAGUAGGUGUAAUAAGAGAAAGUUUAAGCAAAAUGACAUUUCAAUUGUUUACAACAUUUCUACUCAUAAUGUCACCAGUUGUCCUAUCUACGCGAAUGGUUAAUAAAGAAAUAAACACAGCGUCUGAAAAAGAACUUGCAAAGUUUUUGGACGAGAUUGGAUUGGAUAAGGAAGCCAGCGAAAAUCGCAGAGAACCGGAACCACCAGAAACUGGACUUUGGAAAAAAGAAAAUGUUAAACGUCAACACCCCGAAACUGGUCUUUGGAGAAAAACUAGCAUAAAUUAUGUUGAAACUGAGCCAUUGAAAAGACAACCGGAAGCAGUGCUAUGGAAGAAACAACCGGAAGCAGUGCUAUGGAAGAAACAACCAGAAGAAGUGCUUUGGAAAAAACAAUACAAAAAUUUAAAAAUUCAAAAUGAGGAUGAGCGCCAUGCAGAAUCAAAAUCAAAAAUUGUAAAACAACCAGUUCUUUCAAAAAGGGGCAACCAAAAAUCCUUACUUUUGGAAAACAGAAAUUUUAAGCAAACAGAAACCGAUAAAACAAAAGAAUAUGAAGAAGAAGAGGUGUCCGAAGAUGAAAAUAACUCAAUUUUGGAUUUACUGGAUCGUAAAUCUAACGAGGACGAAGAUCAAGAAGGACUCUGGAGAUAACAACAAAAACUCCUCAGAUAUAAAGAAAGAUUAUAAUACCAACAAUUUUCAUAUGUUUUAUCAUAUCUAAUUAAAUUAUAAUAUCUGAUAAAA